CGACAUUAUAGAUCUCUAUUACAGGAUGGCCACUUUGAAGCGUCGGGCGAAGCCAUCUCAGACAAAUUCCACCAAGCAAGUAUGGACUCAAGAUGACAGUGAUAGUUCAUCCAGUAGUGAAUCAAAAUCGGGGUGGCAUUUCUCAGCAGAUGUGCUACAAGGGCAUAGUACCAGCAAGAAUUAUGCCGCACUUGGGUUGAAACCAGACCAUCUCUUGCGUCCAUUAUGGGUUUGCAACACUGGCCGUAUUAUUCUCGAGGCCUUUUCAGUCCUUACUUUCCAAGCGCAGGACUUUCUUACAGCGAUCGCAGAACCUGUUUCUAGACCUGAGCAUAUUCAUGAGUACCGAUUGACCGAAUACUCUUUAUAUGCAGCCAUUUCUGUCGGACUAAGACCAAAAAGCAUCAUAGAUGUUCUUGAGCUACUUAGCAAGUCACAUCUUCCGGAGGAAGUAAAGGAGUUUAUUCAUAAACACUCGUGCUCAUACGGCAAGGUCAAGGUUAUUCUUCGAAAUGGCCGUUUCUGGCUUGAAACAACAGAUGAUACUGUGCUAGCCAAGCUUCUGAACGAUCCAAUUAUUAGUAACUCCUUGGUGAUGGAGUCCAAAGACACAUCUAUACAUAUAGAUGCUGCACUGCAUGAAGAUGAAGCAGCGUCAGACAACCGUUCUAUUGAUACAUUUUUGGAAGAGGAAUCAAUGCCAGCCUCUACUACUUUAGAGCCAGGCUUGGAUCUAUUUGAUUUGUUCAAUGAAGAUGCUUCCAAGCCAACACAUAUACCAGCAUCCGGCGUUUCACAGAUCUAUAAUACAUCUGCAGUUGUUCCAUUAAAAACUAAUGUAGCCGGUUCUAUAGCUGAGCGAUUUGAACAGCUUUUGGGUGAGAGCUCGGCAGGAGAGGCCACUUUACAGAUGACAAAGUCAUUUGAAAUCCACAUGCAAGCUACUGAAUCAGUGAAACGCCGUUGUGUCGAUUUACUUCUCCCUGUAUUGGAAGAGUAUGAUUUUUGUGCUGAUUCUAGAAACCCAAAUCUAGAAAUGACUCUCAAGCCUUUUGCAAAACUCCGCCCUUAUCAGGCUAAUGGACUAAGUAAGGUAUUUGGCAAUGGGCGUGUUCGUAGCGGUGUAGUUGUAUUGCCAUGUGGCUCCGGAAAGACACUUGUUGGAGUAGCUGCGGCAUGUACUGUUAAAAAAAACUGCCUUGUUUUAUGCACAUCUAGCGUGAGCGCUGAACAAUGGCGUCGAGAAUUUUGCCAUUGGUCCACUAUUAAAGAAGGCCAUGUUGCCAAGUUUACAUCGGGCUCAAAGGAAAAGUUUGUUGGCCCGGCAGGGGUAAUGAUUAGUACAUACACCAUGAUCACAUAUUCGGGAAAACGUGCAUACGAUGCACAGAAAUUGAUGGAAUUUAUACAAUCCCGCGAAUGGGGUUUGCUGAUUCUUGACGAAGUUCAUGUGGUUCCUGCAGAGAUGUUUCGUAAAGUAUUUACUAUUAUUGGCACUCAUUCAAAAUUGGGGCUGACUGCAACGUUGGUCCGCGAAGAUAACAAAAUUGAUAAUCUCAACUAUUUGAUUGGGCCAAAGCUUUACGAGGCAAACUGGAUGGAGUUGGCGCGAGGUGGACAUAUUGCCCGUGUACAGUGUGCACAAGUUUGGUGCGAUAUGACACCCGAGUUUUUUCGAGAAUUUCUUCGGGAAAAGUCAAGAAAACGACAGUUGCUAUAUACAAUGAAUCCGCGCAAAGUGCAGGCGUGUCAGUAUUUGGUGAAUUUCCAUGAAGCCAUGGGAGAUAAGAUUAUUGUAUUUUCAGAUAAUGUGUUUGCCCUAAAGCACUAUGCCACAAAACUUCACCGACCUUUUAUUUACGGUGGAACUUCUCAGAGUGAAAGGUUUCGUGUACUACAGCAAUUUCGCUUUAACCCAGCACUAAAUACUAUUUUUUUGAGUAAAGUCGGAGAUACAUCAAUUGAUCUGCCAGAGGCUUCUUGUCUGAUUCAAAUAAGUUCUCAUUAUGGAAGCAGACGUCAAGAGGCGCAGAGACUGGGGAGAAUCUUGCGUGCAAAACGAGGCACGGACACAGGCUACAAUGCAUAUUUUUACACUCUUGUAUCAAAAGAUACAGAGGAAAUGUACUAUGCUACAAAACGACAGCAGUUUCUCAUUGAUCAGGGAUAUAGUUUUCGAAUUAUCACGCAUAUUGAAGGUAUGGACGAUUCUGCAGGUCUUGCAUACAGCUCUUUGAAAGAUCAGCUCGAGCUUCUUAAUACGGUACUCAUUUCAACAGAGGCAGACUAUGAGCGUGAUGUUCAUCAGGAUGAGCUAGACGAUGCAUUACAGACAUAUGAAAGUGAGGAGGAGGCUGAAAUUGAGGGAGUUCAAUGGAUGAUGAGAAGUUCUGGAACCAUGAAGUCGUUAUCAGGAGCAGAUUCUAUGGCAUAUCUAGAGUUUAACAGAGGAACGCCCAGCAUACUACGUGGAAAGCGUCGACGAUUUCGCGAGUAA